GCUGGCUCCGCAUUCGCUCCGGAGGCUGCCCUGGCCGGCCACGUCCCGCCGGUCCCCUGCGACCCGCCGCCCGCUCUGUCCGACGGCGACGGCGACAUGAGCGUCCCCGCGGUCCCGGAGGCCGGCAGCCGGCGCUGGGGGCCCCUGCUCCUCACUCUCUUCCUGGCCGCGUCCAGAGCAGGUCUGGUAGCAGCCUUCAAGGUGGCCACACCAUAUUCCCUGUACGUGUGUCCUGAGGGGCAGAAUGUCACCCUCACCUGCAGGCUCUUGGGCCCGGUGUCCAAAGGGCACGACGUGACCUUCUAUAAGACAUGGUACCGCAGCACGCGGGGCGAGGUGCAGGUGUGCUCUGAGCGCCGGCCCAUCCGCAACCUCACGUUCCAUGACCUUCACCUGUACCACGGAGGUCACCAGGCCACCAACACCAGCCAGGACCUGGCCCACAGCCAUGGCCUGCAGUCAGCCUCCGAUCACCAUGGCAACUUCUCCAUCACUAUGAGCAACCUGACCUCGUGGGACGGUGGCCUGUACUGCUGUCUGGUGGUGGAGGUGCGGCACCACCACUCAGAGCACAGGGUCUACGGGGCCAUUGAGCUGCAGGUGCAGAGAGGCAAAGAUGCACCAUCCAAAUGCAUCACGUACCCGUCCUCCCCCGAGGACAGUGAAAACAUCACAGCUGCAGCCCUGGCCACGGGUGCCUGCAUCGUGGGAAUCCUCUGCCUGCCCCUCAUCCUGCUCCUGGUCUACAAGCAGAGGCAAGUGGCCUCACACCGCCGUGCCCAGGAGCUGGUUCGGAUGGACAGUGCCAUCCCCCAGGGAAUUGAAAACCCCAGCUUUGAGGCCUCUGCACCUCCCCAGGGGAUGCCCGAGGCCAAGGUCAGGCCCCCUCUGACCUACAUGGCCCAGCGACAGCCUUCCGAGUCUGGGCGGCACCUGCUGUCUGAGCCCAACACUCCUCUGUCUCCUCCAGGCCCUGGGGACGUCUUCUUUCCAUCCCUGGAUGCUACAAGGGGGAAGGGAGAAGAUGCUGGAUCGCUCACCCCUGUCCCAAGGAUGCUGGGGUGCUCAAUCCCCUUAGGACCAGAACUUCACCAGCUACAGAUGCCAAAUGACCUUCAGCCUAAGAAGUCUCCAGAUUUCCAGCUCUACAGCAGCCUCUCUCUCUGGGACAGGAGUCCUGGGACCUGGCAGCACAGACAGGACAAGGAAGGCACUGGGCAGGCCCUCCAGUGCCACCCUCCCAAGCAUGAGACAUGGGACCGCAUGUGGAGAGAUUCUUGCCCACUGGGAUUGGCCUGGCUGCCCUGUCCCCACCAGGGAGGCUUCUCUGUUGGCCACACUCUUUGUACCCAUGGGGCCUCUGAGGCUGGGCCUGCCAGUCCCCCACCAUGGGAGCUCCUUGAGCUGCCUUUCUCUAGCAGUCUUUGUGGAUCUGUCAACAGGUUGUGCAUCUGGGGCUCCCACUGCCUGCAUUCCGGUCCCCAGAGUUCAGUGUCCAGAGGCCCUGAAGCAGGAAGUACAUAGUGGGGACAGUGGCCCACUGUGAGCCAACUGGCAUCUUGGGCAACUUGAAGCCAGGCCAGAGAUUGUGCCACCCACUGCAGAGGGUGCAGAGGGAGGUGGGUGGGGCCUGCUGGGAAGGUGAGAGGAGAGGUCCCUCCCUCCCUAUCCCCUGCUCCAGGGCUCGGUGUGGGCAAAAGCAAGGGUGACUGCAUAAUGUCUUGUCCAUUCCAGGACACUUCCAAGUGCUAAAAGGGUGUGCUAUUAAAAACUACACGGGCAACAGAUGCAAGCUGGCAAAUGAAUUGGAGGGACCAGAUCUGCCCCUCUCCUCUGGUUCUGAUGUGAUGUGCAGAGGCCUGGGAACCCCUGCACCUCCUGCUUUGGGCUUCUGUUUGCAUCAGGUUUUUUUUGGUUUUGGUACCUGGGAUCGAACUUGGGACCUUGCGCUUCCAAAGCAGGCAGCAAAACCACUGAGCUAAAUCCUGGGCCCAGCUUUGGGCUUCUGUUCCGCUGUCACCUCAAUGUGCCCUGAGUGGGGGGCUGGUACUGGGACAGAGACAUGUUCGUUCUUGCUCAGUUCCUGGACUCUCACAAGGGUCUCCCUCGGCAGGGCAUGACCUGGGUUUGUUUUUAUAUCUCAUAAAGGGGAGCUGUUUGUGAAA